GCCAUCCCCUCGCCACUCUCGGGCUGGACGAGGGCGACUUCGUGCUGAUCAGGUACCAGGUGUACCGUUUCCGGGCGCUGCCCCUGCCGGCCGCCGUGGCGGACGUUUCCAGCGCCACCCGAGCGUCUCUCGGCCUGGCCCCAGGCGCCCUGGCGCCGAUGGCCGCGGCGCCAGCAGUGGGUGCCCAUCCGGCCGCAACUCCUGCUGCUGCUGGCGCUGCCCCAGCCGCCGCCCCGCCGGGCGCCUUGGCUGGAGCGCCCGUCGCUCCGUGCCUGGGCGCGGGCGGCCUGGCGAACGCCCUCGCAGCGGUCGCAGCAGCCCCGGGCGGCGACGCGAGGAUGCAGGCAGUCACCCUGGAUCCACAGGGGGUUCGUUACAUUGACUUCAGGGCUGCUGUGCUGCGUAUGCACGAGUGGCCGUGGGCCGACUGGCCCCUCAAGGGCCCUCGUAUUUUGCUGUGGGUGCUGAACUAUAUAUGCCGCAAUGGAGGCACGCCGCUCGGGCGGCAUCUGAAGUGGAAGGCCGAGGCGUACCUGGACGAGGAGGACCCUGGCGUCGACGUGCAUCUCCUGCGCUGCAGGUUGCUCGAGUACGGCGUGGUGUAUGAUCAAGUUCAUGCGACGAACUUGGCCUCCAUGGAGUUGGCCGGCCGCGCGCUGCAGACCCAGGAGGAGCUCUACCGAGACAGGUUUGCGCCGUCCUCCGAGCACGGCAACGACGCUGCCUUGCUCUCGGGCGUCCAGGACGCCGGCGGCAGCAUCUGCAUGGCCCCGGCGCUGCGCGACUGGCUAGCGGCCGAGAAGUCUCGCGAGGCCGCCAUCGCCAAGGAGAGCAGCGCGGCUCAGACCGCAGGCCCGCGGCAGCUUGGGACUGGUCGCCAGCGCGACAUCUUCCCGCUGCCGGUCUCGCCAGCUGCAGCUCCGCGAGGGGUGGAGCCUGUCGGCCGGCGCUCAGCACGGCGCAGCGGUCUUCGAGCUCAUCGUGAUGACCGCGUGCGGGCCGCCACCAAUGCACUGAAUUCACUCUAUGGCUUCGAGUCCUCGCCCACUGCUCCGGCACAUGAGGGGCAGCGCCAAGCCAUCAUGCACAUCGAGAACAGCAUCAGGGAGCUGGGAGCACCGCCGCCCGAGUUCACCGACAAUCGUGCUGCUCAAGACGGAGCUCUCCGAGAGCUCCUCUCCUGCGCCAACCUGUGCGGGUCUGGCGCCGCCUCGCCAUCUCCUUGCGUCCGCGAUCGUGUCGCGUGGCCCGCUGGUAGUGCUGCGCCCGUCGACCUGAUCGAUCUCGCGCAGCCUCAGGACAGGGCGUGGCUGGAGGGAUGGCGGAGCCAUAUGCUUCGAGAUCGGCACGCCGCCGAGGCCCUGGCGCAGUCCGCCUGCCCACGCGGGCCCUACUGCGACCCGAGCCUGCUUCGUGAUGCGAGCAUCUACGGCGAAUUUUUGAUUCAGAUGUACCAGAGGCAGAUGGUCACCUUCGCGGCGGACAACGGCCUCCCGCACUCCGCCCCCGCCAAUGGCAUGUUCAUCUCAACGUGCGACCUGGAAUGCGCUUUCUACCACAUGCGGAUGCUCUGCGGGACGGAGUCCAUGUUUACCUUACCUUCUAUCUCGGUGGCCAUGCUACAGGAGAUGGGUUUGAUCGACCUGGACUUCGACGCGUCCGCGCGCGCGACGCCCAUGGUGACCGUCCUCCCGAUGGGUUUCUCGCUGGCGCUGCACUUCUGCCGGUCUGCAGCGCGCGCAGUCCUAGCUGCGAGCGGCCGUGAGAGGGCCAUGACCGCGCUGGACGGCCAGCCGGGCGUUGUGGUCACGGAUCCCGUCUCCGUUGGCGUCGGCGCCUACGUCGACAACAUCUUGGCUUUCGGCGCCGACAAGAGCGCGGUCGACCGGGUCAUGGCGCAGCUUGUGGCCGCUUUUCGCGCCCGAGGGCUGCCAGUGCACGAGAUCGAGCCCGCCGCCCUGGGCGCGGAUUUCUUGGGUCUCAGCCUGAAGCACGGGAGGUUUUUGCGCAUCAAGCCACGCAACAUCUGGCGGCUGCACGCGGCGAUCUCAGGGCCCCUUCGUCGGGGCUGGCGCAGUGGCCACAUGAUGCGGGCAGUGUUGGGACACGUCACAUGGUCAUCGAUGAUACGCCGCGAAGCCCUCACUGUGCUCCACAGCGCCUACAGCUUCGUGGCGGCAUACGUCGAGAGGCAGGGCAGGAUAUGGGCGUCAGCGGCAAAGGAGCUGGUCACUAUUCGAGACUUGCUGCCCCGCCUGUCCUGCGACCUCGCCUCGAGCUGGCAUCGCGCGAUGACUUCCAGCGAUGCCUCGCCAUUCGGGCUCGGGGUGAUGCGCCGCCGCGCACCUCGCCCCGUCUGUGCCGCCAUGGGCCAGCGCGGGGGCCCUUACAGGAAGCUCAUGGGCCAGCACGUGGACCCCUACGAGGAGCUCACAGGCCAGCACGAUCACCCCUACUACUCCAUGGGCCAGCACGGGGACCCCUACGAGGAGCUCAUGGGAUUCAACGAGCUGAUGCCCUCGGCCGAGGGAAGCCCGGCUGGUUCAACGGCCAUCGUCAGCUCAGUCAUGCGAGGACUCGCCAUGGACGCCGUGGUGCUGGUGCUGCUGCUCGCGCGCCUGCUCGAGGUGCGGGCCAUGCCGCGACGGGCGGGGCUUGCGCCCUCAGCCCGGACGCGCCACCGCGCGAAGCUGGCGUCGGCUGCGGCACGCGGGCGGACGCUUGCGGGCUCCAUGACGCUCCUGGAGCAGCUGGCGGCGCGGCCGACCACGGAGGCCCUCUAUCGCCAGCUCCUGCAGACGUUCAUCGCGUACUGCUCAGACCGCCACCGGGACUGGAGCAACCUGCGCGAGUUGGACGACCUGCUCGCCGAGUAUUUCACCUCUCGUUACAUCUCGGGGGCGGCGGCGAGCGUCGGGUCGCAGAUUGUCGCGGCGCUGGCUCCCUUUACUCCCGGUCUCCCGAGGCAGGUGAGCUCGCUCCUGCCCCGCGCCUCGCGAGCGAUGCAGGCGUGGCGGAGGCGAACCCCAACCCUCACUCGGUUGCCGAUCCCUCGGGCUGUCAUGUUCGCGCUGGCUGGCGUUAUGAUUGCUUGGCAGCAGGCGCCCAUGGCAGCGUGGCUGGCGAUCGCGUUCUCGGCGUACCUCAGGCCCGCCGAGGCUCAGCGGCUCACGACGGACAGCAUUGUGCAGCCGUCAGCGCUGGCAGACGUGUACGCCUUCGGCGACCUGGUCGCGCAGCACUUUUGCCUUCUGGUCGAGAAGGGCUUCCUCGGCGCCAGGCUGCAGCAGCUCAUCCCAGCCAGCCCUGGCGACCUCCGUCCUGUCCGGGCCAGACAGCAAGCCCAGGCGGGUGAGGCGGCGCCCUUCGGGCCGCGCCCGAGCGCGGCCAGCCCUUCGGGCGGGGCCGCUGGCGUCUACGCCGGGCGGGCCCAGCCGCCUCUGCAGGGCUCGGAGCGCGCCGAUCACCUGCGGCGACGCUUCAGAGCUGCUGUCAGCCGCGGCUCCCUGUGCCGGCGGCGCGUCGUGCUGGAGCUCUUCAGCGGGAGCGGGCAUUUCACAGCUGCCGCCCGCCGCCUGGGGCUCUCGGCCCUCGGCUUGGACGUGCGACAUUCGCCUCUGGAAGACCGCCUUUGCCGUGACUUCGAACGGGUGGUGGCCGGUUGGAUCCGCAGCCGCGCAGACGCGGCUGUCUUCUUCGGCACGCCGUGCACGACGUGGUCACGGGCCCUUCGGAAGCCGCUCAGGACACGCCCCCAGGCCAUGGGCAUCAACAGCCCCUCGACCUCUGAGGCCGCCGCGCAGCGGGGCUUGGAGCUCGCGGCGCUGCGCCAGACUGGUCUCUCGGCGGUCCCUGCGUGCCCGCCCGUGUCGCUGGCCUGCCCGCCAGCGAACAUCCCCUGUCCUGUGGCGGCCUGCCCGCCUCCGAUUUGCCCGCCACCCGCGGUCAACCUCAGCUGCCCGCCUCAGGAAGGCGGCUCGGUGAUCGUGGGCGAGAGGCGCGUCGUCGAGGCUGGCGUCUGCGGCUGGGUCCUGAGAGUUCUUGCUGGAGCGGCCGCCACGGGCUUGGUGGCUCGGCAAGGAGUGAGCCAGUCGGUGCCUGGUCUUCUCGCCGCACUCACGGCGGACGGCGACCUUUACGCCGAGGAGACCAGGAGUGACGACGUGGCGGAGGUCCGCUGGUCUGGAGUGCAGGGCGCGACGCCCGCGGGGGGGAUGCCCGACAGGCAGGGUGGAGAGGCUGGAGUGGUCGGCCGCGCUGGAGCGGCGCCCCCGAUCGCUGCUGCCGCGCCCGCCGCUUGGCUGGCCACCGAGGACCCCCGCGGGCUGCGGCGGGGAGAGCGUAUCCCUGACCCGCUGCCGCCGAACGCGGAGGUGCACGGAGACGUAGCGCUGGUCCCAGUUCAGGGUGGAUGGGUCACGGCACGCCUGGUGCCCGCGGCGGAGAUCGACGCCUUCGUCAUCGACGAUCUCAGGGUGCUGCCUGUGAAGUUCAGUCAGGAGGGAGCCAGGCGCCGCCCGUUCACGCAGGCCGCGGAUCUUCAGUCCAUGGCCAGUGUGGACCAGCUCAACGCGCCCGCGCUCCAGGGCGCCGAGCUGGUGUGCCGUCGCCUCCAGGUGAUCGAGGACGCUCAUGAUGCGUCGCCGUCGGCUCCAGACUACUCCGCCGCGGUAGCUCCAGCCCUCCAGAAGCACGCGGCGGCCAACCUGCGAGACAAGGCGGCGGUGCUCAAGGAGGCCAGGAAGGCCAAGGAGGAGCAGAAGCUACGCCGAGGGCCGAAGGGGGCGGCCAAGGGUGACCCCGCCCACAACGGGGGCUCGGGGCAAUGA